AUGGCACUGGAUCAACUGCAGUUGUCAGAUACUUUUUCUCUCGUUGCGACAGAAGUGAUGGAAAACAUGAUGUCGAGAGGUCUUGUCCCAGGCGACGUUAUAUGCUUUAAGAAGAAAUAUUUGGUACACCACUUGGCUCUGUAUGUAGGUGAUGAUCAAGUCGUGCACUUGUGGGCCGAACGUUGGAAUAGCUUCCGAGUGCGCGUGGACUCCCUCGACUUCGUGGCAAGAAACUACCGUGUGGGUGAUGUACAAAAGUAUUCGGACGAGCUGGAUGCGACAAUGCUGGCGAAGUAUAAACGGCGGCCGUUUAACGGGGCAGAAAUCGCACGACGUGCCAUGUCCCGCCUUCAUAACACGCAAUACUGGCUGUUAUGGUGGAAUUGCGAGCACUUUGUGACGUGGGCACGUUACGGCUACCAAGUGUCACCACAGAUUGGAAAAAAAGGGAUCUCGGCAGCCGUAAUUGCUACAGGGAUGGUGGCAGCAGGCGCAAAUUUCAUGGUUGUUGGACUCUGUGUGCUACUGUUGAGUGCUGGGCUCGCGUCGUCGGCCUCUCGAUCGAGCUCCGCUAACGAAAGUUCAGACCGACAGUUUGAACGCACCGGUGGUGGAUCAAGAAGCAGCGAUAAUGGAGAGUGA